AUGGCAGAUUCUCCGACUGGCAAUACCCAGGCGUUGGCUUCAGAGGAAGGAUCUGCAUCCCGACCGAAACCGAAAAUAAAGAUAUCAUUAAUCAAGACUAGUCCAGCUGGUACCACUGGAUUGAAGGACAGCCCGACUCAUGGCGAAGAUACCGAAGCCAUGGAACUCGAUGACCCUACGGCGACUACCCCAAAAGCUGAGUCAAAGGAUGGAAAUCUUGGUAACUCUGAAUCUACCAAACACGGAGAAGUAAAAGAAGACGAUACUCAAGAGGAACUGAUUAUGAAGCUCUUCGACAUGGUUCGUGACGUGGCCGCAGAGCAGCUGGCACUCAAGCAGCUUCAAAUAACAAACACAAUCUGCCGCCUCAAAGAACUCCAAGACCAGCAGCCCCCCAAGGCCGCCUUCAGCCCUGCCAUAGCAAACAGUUGCCGCGAGCGUCUCGAAGGCACGCUCACAUACCUCAUCUCUGAGCUCUCAGCCAUCCCCCCAGCCAACUGGACCACCUACAAAAGGAAGCUCCUCAAGUUUUGCGAAUCCGAGCUCAUUCUCACCAUGACCUUCCCGGAGCGUCUCUACAAAGUCGUCGACAUAAUCUAUCUCCCGGAAGAAAUGGACGCGAUACCAAAGGAAGAAUUCGAGAGACUGCACAGCGUGGCGAGGAUUUGCGUCGCUGCCGCUCAGGCGCUGGGACCGGAGAGCGAGAGUGAGGAAGCACUGGCUGAGAAGUGGAUCAGGGCAAAGGCGCAGGAUCUGGAGUUUCUCAAGAAGAUGUUUCGUUCUAUGCGAGGGAUUUACAAGGCUUCUGCGCCUGAGCGAACGGAGAUGCCUUGGGAGACGAAAGCGUGA